AUGUUCGAACUUAUUUCUUUUAAUCGAAGCAAGCACUCUAACUCAUCGUUACCAUCUCUUCCUCGGGAAUGUCUUUUUCCAAUAAUUUCUCAUCUUAGUAAUGAUAAAGGAACUUUACAUUCGUGUCUUUUUGUAUGUCGUUUUUGGUUUCAAGAGGCCGCUCGAGUAUUAUGGAGUCAACCUUUCAAACUCUUAUACACAUGCAAGAAAAAGCAGUGUAACUGUUCAUCGGAGAAACGAAGAUACCAAUCUGCAAAUUUAUUAUUAGUUUAUCUUGCUUGUCUUAUGCACCAAUACAAAGAUGAUUUUCUUAAGGAAGAACCUACUUCAGAACUUCCGCCGCCACCACUGCUCAACUAUAUAGAAUAUUUGCAGAAUGUUGACUUGAACGAAUUAUAUUCUUCGAUUGAAGAUUGGAUGAAAACAUCAUAUAAUUUAACAAGAUAUAGAAAACCAAAGAUAAUAAAAUUUAUAAAAAAAAGAAUUUAUCGAAAUAUUUUUGUUGACCGAGAUUUAAUAGACUAUACAAUAUUCAUCAGAUUUUUAGCAAAAUUCACAUUUAAGAAUGAAAUUUCUCUUAGAUAUCAAGAAUAUUUUUAUGACAACUCAUGCCGGGAUUUAUUGGUUCAUAAUAUUAUAAAAACUUUCAUGACACAAUGUCCAAAACUAGUACAAAUAUCGAUUGAACAACGACACCUUUAUACUCGAAAGCCGAAUGAAUAUUUUUGUUCAUCACUUAGAAAAGAAAGGUCACUUCGUUUAGAUUAUUGUAACCUACCUACAGGAGAUUAUGAAUCUUUAAGUAAUUAUUCCAUUGCUGUACCAUGUUUACAUCAACUUACCGAGUUAAUAUGUACAACAAAACGACGGAAAGCCAGUUUAUUACUCUCUUUAUCACAAUUUUCUCAUAAUAUUGAAUUCAUGGCGAUAACUAUUAGUUAUCAACGUGAUUUAUUUGGUGGAGAUGUGGUAAGAAUUUAUGAACAACAAAAGGUUGAAAAUGAAGCUUAUUGUUUGGCUACAUUAAUCGAGUCACAAAAAAGAUUACGUAGCUUGAGAUUACACGUAUGUUCUGAAGGAUUAUCUACAAUAAUGGUAGCAUUAAAGACUCAAAUUAAUUCUUUAAAUUCUUUAAGUUUUGUAAGCGUUAAAUUUUUUGGAUAUGAGAUAUUAAGUUAUUUAAUGUCAUUGAAAAAACUUCAAAGACUUGAAUUUAUUUCAUCAAGUUUUAAAGAUGAACCUGAUGAAAUGGUUCCAUCAAUAUUGACCAACUUGAGUUUUUCAUAUCUAACUGAACUCAAUUUCAAUGGAUCAUAUAUUACAAAUGAGAUAUUAGGGACAUUCUUAAAAAUUUCUUAUCCAAAUUUAGAAACCCUUAUUAUUGGAAAACAAAACCUUCGAAAUGGAUCACAAAGUUUCAUCACAGGUUCUCGUAAAAUAAUUAGUCGUAUACCGACACUAUAUCCUGAAUUAAAACAUCUCAAAUUAUAUCUGACUCUUGAUGAAAUACCUCAACUUAUACCAAUAUUUUCCUGCAACAAACUUGAAACGAUAACUCUAGCUGGAUACACACAAAAGUCAGGUCAGGAAAUAUUUUUAAAUGAAUCUAAGUUCAAAAAAUUAGAUAGCUUUGAAAUUGUUGAUUCAAAAAAUUUCGGUAACGAACAUUUAGAAGUCAUUAUUAAAUGUUUGAAAGAUGUCAUAAAAAAGUUGGUUUUACGUACUAAAAAUAGGUUAAGUCGUAGAUUAAUUAAGAAAGCUGGGAAAUUUUUUGAUAUUAAUUAUCAAAGAGGCCCACCAAGAAGUAAUAGUAUGUACGGACAUAAAUUUUGA